CAGGAGCUGCAUUCUAGAAAGGAACUGGCUGCUAUAGAGAUUGCAACGGAUGCCCCAAUGUCGCUGUAACGGCUAUCUGACCAGACAAGGGACAGGCCGUAAAAGAAUGGACGUCCAUCUAUUGUCGUCACUAACCCUGUCGUGGUCGCCGUCACCGGCGUCGUCGGACGGAGGAACGCGUUAUAACUUCCCAAAUCGCUCCCGUUCCACCUACGUCAUUCCUCCAGCGCUAGGGAUAAAACCGACAAAAACACACUGAAGGAACUCGGGUCCAUUUAAGUGCAAUGUUUUCGUCAAUAUAAGGAGACUACUACAAACAAUGGUUUGCGAAGGUGUCAGAGAGUUGUUCAGACUCCUUCUGAUUUUUCUGGUGAUACUGGCCACCAGAGGGAGCAACAACAUUUUCAAAAACGCGAAAAUCAGCACUCGCAUUGUGCACACACGCUACGGUAGUUUGCAAGGACUUUUAGUGCCGAUGGAUCAAUAUCGAUACUUGAAACCAAUCGAAGUAUUCUUGGGGGUUCCUUAUGCAACACCGCCGACAAUGUCGAACCGAUUCAGUCCAACACGGGCCCCGAGUCCUUGGGAUGGGAUUCGAGUUUCGGACAAACUCAGUCCUGUAUGUCCUCAAAAACUGCCCGACAUUUCCAAUGAAACUGCGGCACUGGAGAAAAUGCCGAAAGGGAGAUUGGAAUAUUUGAAGAGAUUGCUCCCAUACCUUAAAAAUCAAAGCGAAGACUGCCUCUAUCUCAACAUCUAUGCACCAGCUCAAGUUGAUAUGGAACACCAAUACCCUGUUAUCGUUUAUAUUCAUGGAGAAUCGUUUGAGUGGAACUCCGGAAAUCCAUACGACGGUAGUGUUUUGGCGUCGUAUGCAGAACUUGUCGUAGUAACAAUGAAUUACAGACUGGGAAUUUUGGGAUUCCUUAAUGCAAACCCUGUUCCGAACACAAAAGCGCGAGUAGCCAAUUACGGACUAAUGGAUCAAAUUGCUGCUCUUCACUGGAUCCAACAAAAUAUCGCGCUUUUUGGAGGAGAUCCCAAAAACGUAACCCUAGCAGGACAUGGUUCGGGUGCUGCCUGCAUCAACUUCCUCAUGAUAUCACCCACCGUGAUGCCAGGUCUUUUCCACAGAUCUAUUCUCCUCUCAGGCUCGGCUUUGUCCUCAUGGGCAAUCGUAGAAAAUCCGGUGAUGUUUGCAGUGAAACUCGCUAAAGAAGUCAACUGUACAAUUCCCGAAAAGAUCGACGUGGAUCACGAGAUAAUUGUAGACUGCCUGAGAGAAGUUUCUUUGGAACGUCUUCUAAGUGCCGAUAUCCAGCCGCCAGCAUAUUUAAGUGCUUUCGGACCAAGUGUGGACGGUGUAGUAAUUAAGCACGAUUUCUCCAAAGAGCUGCUCACAUUCUUUCGAUCAAGUGACGUUCAAAGUAGUUACACGAGUGGCGCAGGGGGUUUGGGGGGAUCGAAAGAGGGUGCGGGUGGAGGUGGGGGAUCGAAAGAGGGCUCGGCUUUUGACGUUCAAAGUAGUUACACGAGUGGCGCAGUUAAUUUGAACAUGAAACGAAGUGACACUUCAUUUACACCAAAGGGUAAUAAUCCUUAUGAUCUUCUUUUCGGUGUGGUGACAAGUGAAGCCCUCUGGCGCUUUUCCUCGUCCGAUAUCCAAGCGGGCUUCGAGGGCGAAAGACGGGACAGGAUCAUAAGGACUUAUAUAAGAAACGCGUACACAUACCAUCUUAGUGAAAUAUUUUUUACUGUGGUAAAUGAGUAUACGGACUGGGAAAGGACGGUUCAGCAUCCUAUAAACACAAGAGAUGCUGCGGUUGCUGCUCUAAGCGAUGCACAAUUCGUUGCUCCCUUGGUGCAGACGGGGGAUCUCCUGAGUGCCAAACCACCACAACCAGGACAAGAACAAGAAGGUCCCAAAACGUUUUUCUAUGUGUUUGAUUACCAAACGAAAGAUGGAGAUUAUCCUCAAAGGAUGGGAACGGUACAUGGAGAAGAGCUUCCAUAUUUCUUCGGGGCCCCGUUGGUGGACGGCUUCAAUCACUUUCCGCGCAACUACACCAGGUCGGAACUGGCCCUGGCCGAGGCAGUUAUAAUUUACGUCGCUAAUUUCGCCCGGACAGGAAAUCCUAACGAACAUCACAAGCAAGAGCCAGUCCUCGCAGCUUCAAGAGAACGCAACAGAUUCAGAUCCAUAACAUGGGGAGAGUACGAUUCCGUUCAUCAAAAAUAUUUAGAAAUUAGUAUGAAACCGAAGAUGAAGAAUCACUUCCGUGCUCAUCAGUUAAGUGUCUGGCUUCGCCUUAUCCCAGAAUUGCACAGGGCUGGAAUGGAGGACGUCGUAGCCAGACAUAAUUUAUUCAAGAACCACAACAAUCCUGAAAUAUAUGAGGGUUUGGUCCGUCCCGACCCUCUUUCUCGAGCGGGUUACACUGACCCCAUAACGGAAUUGUUUCGAAAGAAAGCCAACGUCAGUUUGCAAACCAUCGAAAUUCCCACAACAAUCGAUCCAAUGAUGAUGACGACAUGUGUCAGUGUAGUGUCUUCGGGAACGUUCAAUCAUCAAUCUUAUCAAAACACUUCAGCCGACACGUUAGCCAGUUUAGAAGCUGCUGGUUACGCUGCUUACAGCACCGCCUUAAGUGUCACCAUUGCUAUCGGGUGUUCCCUGCUCAUAUUAAACGUUCUCAUCUUUGCCGGUGUCUAUUAUCAGCGGGACAAAACGAGAUUAGAAGUCAAAUCACUUCAGCAACAGCAGCAACGUAAUCAAGCAAACUUUGAAGCCAUAUCGAAACAUGGUCAUUACCACAUAGGACAUUCCCAAACAGCCAACGUGAUAGUGGACGUUGAACAAGACACAUCAGCAAUGAUGCUCGCACAGCAGACUGAGGUCAGUACGUUAUCGAAAGGUCAACAGCAUCUUUGUACGGGAAACAUGCCAAUGCCCAAUUCCAUUAAAGGUUCAUCAGCAAAUCCCAGUAUUGGUAAUCAGGGAAAUUGUAUGACCCUUCCAAAAAAUGCAAGUACGUGUAACCAAAGUUAUGGGCAACCUUAUCUCACUUUACCAAAGAACGCAUCCAUGCUAAAUAAGGCAGCCAACAUUAUAGCAGAGAUGCAGCAACAAGGGUAUGUGCAGCAUCCAAACGGUAGUGCUACAAUUCCACUCAACGUUCCAAAACCUCCACCCCCACCCAAAUCAAAGAGUCCACCGGAACAUCAACCCCUUCUCUCGGCACACAACAACAAAUCGAACAUUAACCGGGUUCCUCAGGCGGCCAUGAACGAAAUGAGGGUGUGAUAAUGCGAAGGAACAUUGUUGAACUGUCUUUAUGCUCAAAACGUCCCAACGGCAUCUAUAAAUUCCGUUAAAAAAAUUGAAAGACUUCUUAAACCAAUUUGUACAUAGACCAAUGUCAAAUAUAGGUCAUUCUCAAUUUUGUGUGCUUAAGAUAAUACUUUAUCAACCAAAUCAAACUUUUAGAGCUUUAUUAACGUUGUUGUGUU